CAGCUCCGGGCCUGCCUUUUUCUGCUCAAUCCUGCUCUCUCUCUCUCCCCCAUUUUUGCACCCUCCGCUCCGGACGAGCUUAGCAGGAGGACGGAGGAAGGAAGCUUCCUCCAUGCCCUGCUCUUUCCUUACCUCCCCGCCCCCCCGUGUGCCCUGCCCCUUCCGAUGCCCCUGCUCCCUCUGUUCCCUGACCUUUCCAUGCCCUAUUCCCUCCUACCCUGCUCUCGCUGGUGCCCUCCCCCUUCUGCACCCUGAUCUCUGGUGCCCUUCUCUCUCGGGUGCCCUGCCCCCUGCACUGUCCCUCUGAGCCUGGGCAGAGGUGCCCGCAGGAGCCGGGCCCCCUCUGCUGCCAUGCUGGGCGUGCUGGCCCAGGCGUGGGCUCGGGGAUCUGGGCCCCUUUGGAGGGCCGGGGUCCGCAGGAGGUGUCAGGGGGCAGGGACCCAGGGGGACCCCCCUCCCAGGGUGGUGGAUCUGCGCAGCGACACGGUGACGCGGCCGGGGCCGGAGAUGAGGCGGGCCAUGGCCCAGGCCGUCGUGGGGGACGAUGACUAUGGGGAAGACCCCACCGUCCAGGAGUUGCAGUACCGAGCCGCGGAGCUGCUGGGGGUGGAACGGACUCUAUUUGUGCCCACCAACACCAUGGCCAAUCUCAUUGCCGUGAUGUGUCACUGCCCGCGCCGGGGGUCCCAGCUCCUUCUUGGGCAGGAGUCCCACCUCCAUGUCUACGAGCAGGGUGGGGUGGCUCAGAUCGCCGGCGUCCACUCCCACCCGCUGCCGGACCUGCCCCGCGGCACCCUGGACCUGGACGAGCUGGAGAGGAAGGUCCGGCAGGGCCACGGCAGCCCGUACCACCCCCGCUGUGAGCUCGUCUGCCUGGAGAACACCCACAACAGCGCCGGCGGGCGGGCGCUGCCCCUCGCCCACCUACUGGAGGUGCGACUCUUGGCAGAACGCUACGGGUUCCGGGUGCACCUGGACGGGGCCCGGCUGGUGAACGCCGCCGUGGCACUGGGGGUGCCGCCCGCCCGGCUGGUCCAGCCCUGCGACUCGGUCUCCCUCUGCCUCUCCAAGGGCCUGGGGGCGCCCGUGGGGGCCCUGGUCGGCGGGCGCCGGGAUUUCGUGGAGGAGGCGUGGCGCAUCCGCAAGGCCCUCGGGGGCGGGAUGCGCCAGGCUGGCGUGUUGGCGGCUGCCGCCCUGGUGGGCCUGAUGGGCUCGGAGAACGUGUUGGCACAGGAUCACCGCAAUGCCCGCAGAUUCGCCCAAGGCCUGCAGGAGUUGGCGUCCCCGCUGUGCGCCGUGGACCCGGACGCUGUGGAGACCAACAUGGUGCUGGUGCAUCUGUCCCCGGGGCUGCUCCCGGAGACCCUGUGCCAGCGCCUGGCCGAGGUGGGCCAGGGGGAGGAGGGCCAGCUGGGCGGGGCGGCCGUCCGCGUGUUGGUCUUCCCCUGGACGGCGCGCUCCGUGCGGGCCGUCUGGCACCGGGACGUCUCAGCCGAGGACACCGAGCUCGCCCUGCGCAAGUGGGACUUGGUGCUGCGGCGGAUCCGGGAAGAGGGGGGUGAGGGUGGAGGGUGAGGAGGGCAGACCUGCCUCCCCCACCCUGGGGCCUGCCUCUCCCCCCUAGUCACCCUCUCAGCAAACUCCUCUUGGGGCCUCAGUUCCCUCAUCCGGAAAAUGGGAUGAAGACUGAGAGCCCCACGUGGGACAGGGACUGUA